GGCUGCUCGUAUUGUUUUGAUUAAGAAAACAAUCAUUUGGACAGGUAGAGCUACGGAUUACAGUAUAUAAGAUAUCUCGUGUAGAUUUAGGAGUCAUGGACGAGCAGACGGGAUCUCCUGCAGCCAAUCCCGACAACAACAGCCAAAGAAAUGGAGAUGAGAAGCCUCGACGUGGCAGCUGGCCCAAGGGGAGGAAGAGGAAGAAGCCAAUGAAGGACAGCAACGCACCCAAAGCCCCUUUAACAGGUUACGUCCGCUUCAUGAAUGACAGACGGGAGCAGCUACGGGCAGAGCGUCCAGACGUACCGUUCCCAGAGAUUACGAGGAUGCUGGGCAACGAGUGGAGCAAGCUGCCCCCAGAGGAGAAGCAGCGAUACCUGGACGAGGCGGAGCGAGACAAGGAGCGUUAUAUGCGGGAGCUGGAGAAGUACCAGAAGACGGAGGCCUACAAACAUUUCACCAGAAAGGUCCAAGAGAAGCAGAAGGGCAAGCGACACAGGGGAGAUGUCGGGCACCAGGUAGCCAAUGAGGCUCUUCACGAGAAGGAUGCAGAGGGGAAGGACAGAACUGUGUUUGACAUCCCAAUCUUCACAGAGGAGUUUCUCAACCACAGCAAAGCACGUGAGGCCGAGAUGCGGCAGCUGCGUAAGACCAACAUGGAGUACGAGGAGCGCAACGCAGCCCUGCAAAAGCACGUGGAGAGUAUGCGCGGGGCGGUCGAGCGGCUGGAAGGCGACGUGAUGCAAGAGAGGGGACGCAACGGGCUCCUCCACCAACACCUGGAGACCCUGCGUCAAGCACUCACCUCCAGCUUCGCUUCUGUACCUCUGCCAGGCAGCGGAGAGAUGCCCUCUCUUGAUACCAUUGACUCCUACAUGAAGAAGCUCCACAGCAUCAUUGUCAGUAACCCCCAAGAAAGCGAGAAUCUCAUCAACACUGUGAGAGAUGUGGUCAACCGCCUGGACAGAUAAUUGUACAAAGCCCCACAUUUCUGAUGGAUAGAGAUUCACAGCGACACAGAGGUGACAUCAUUUCCAAGUCGAUGCCCGACUCCUCUUCCUGUCGAUCUGUCAUCCCAAAUGAUUUUAAAACAUCUUUUUUAUUACUCUGCUAAGCUAAGGUCGGCGUAGGUGAAGGUGAUGUAGCGUCUCAUAUUUAUUUAUUGGGUUGUUUUUGUUUUUUUUACACUUUUGAGUUAACACUUUAUCGAUAUAGCAGUAGUUUGUUUUAUAAAAUAAUUGGAUGACAGAACCCGAAACAUGAAACAUUUCCUGCCACUCUUCUUUGCUUCUGUUCUGUUUUCACCGUCUAUUUCUAGCAAAUGCUUCCACAACGAUAUCUAAACUAUUGUCCGACAUGUGUCUGAUCAAAGUGUCUGUGAGUUUGUAUUUAUCUUAUACACCGAGAUAUAUCGCUGAGCAGAUCUUCUUUUUUUAAUGCCCUUUUGAAAAAAAAAAAGUGCCAUUUCUUUUUUUUCUUUCUGUGUGUAAAAAGUGUUUGUGUUUUCAAUAAACUUAU